CGCUCCCCGGCCCGCCCGGCGCGGGGGGAGCGGGAGCGGUACCGGGCAGGGCAGGGCGGCGCGUCCCGGCGGCGGCGGCGGCCGCGCUUGACAGAGCGGGCGGCGGCUGCGGCCCCAUGGAGCCGAGCUAGGGGCUGCCGCACCCUCCACCGGAGGCCAAAUUAUGUGGGUGCUGAUGCUCGUGGCAGCGUGGAGCGGCCGUGGGUCCCAGUGACAGCGAUGUAGAGGUGCUGCUGGCGGAGCCCAAGGAGCSCUGGAAGAGCUGUGCGACAUGGAAGAGCUGUACAAGGAUGCCCCAAACCUGCCCAUGGAUGUCACCAACUCGCCCUCGGCGAUGGCCAACAACAAGCUGGAAAAUGGGGUGGCCCAGCUGAUCACGGCAGAGGCCUGGAACAUCAACUCGGCCGACCUGAUGAAAAAAGCSCUUUCGCCACUGGUGACGGUCCCCGCGCCCUCCAUGCUGACGCCACCGGCCGAGUCGCAGAGCGGGGUGGCGCUGAAGGUGGCGGCCACCGUUCUGCAGCCCAUCUGCCUGGGGGACAGCCCGGUGGUGCUGCCCAUCCACCUGCAGCUGGCCGGCAGCGCUGCCCCGCAGGUGGCGGCCACCAACAGUGCCACCACCCCCUAUGUGAUGACCACGCAGGGCCCGGUGCCGCUGCCCGUGCUCCUGGAGCAGCAYGUCUUCCAGCACCUCAACUCGCCGCUGGUGCUGCCCCCGGGCACCGCCUGCCCCGCCAGCGCCCUGCACGCCGGGCUGUUCCCCGGCACCGCCGCCCCGGCCGGGCAGCCGCAGCUCCUGGACCCCGCCAAGCCCUCGGGCCCAGCGCAGGAGCCCGUCCUGCCCCCGGUGUUUCCGAGCCCGGGCUUCGCCGCCGUCCUUCAGGACCUGUUCCCGUCSCAGGGCGCGCUGGGCUCGGCCCCGUGCCCGCCACCCCCGGAAUACGCCACCGUCCCUCCGCAGCCCUUCAGCUCGCCGCUGUCCCCGCUGGUGCCCCCGGCCACGCUGCUGGUGCCCUACCCGGUGAUCGUGCCGCUGCCCGUGCCCAUCCCCAUCCCCAUCCCCGUSCCCAUCCCCGUCCCGCACGGCGCCGAGCCCAAGGCGGCCCCUGACCCGCCCAAGCCCACGCUCUUCACCCCGCAGCCCUGCAAGGGCACCCAGACACCGCUGGACAAGGAGGAGACCAAGCCCCUGGAGCUGCUGCAGGCGCGGCAGUUCCCGCAGCUCAGCCGCCACACCGUGAUCAAGAUGGGCGGGGAGAAYGAGGCCCUGGACCUGUCCAUGAAGGGACCGCCCGCCCCUCGGGCCAGCGAGGCGGCUCCUCCGGCUGAGGAGGGGGCUCUGGACUUGUCCCUGGGCUGCUGCCGCAAGCCGGGGAUGGUGCACGGAGAGGCGGCCGGGUCUGGUCCCACCAUUGCCGGCGAGAGCGGUGCUCACCCUCACCCCGGGCCGGACAAGCUCCCCGGGCCGGACAAGCUCCCCGCGCCGGACAAGCUCCCCGGGCCGGACAAGCUCCCCGCGCCGGCCGCUCCUUUCUGCAGAGCCCCGGAGGCGGCGGGCACGGCCGAGCUGCUGCGGCAGCCGCACAAGUGGCUGCUGGAACCGGGCCGGGCCGGCUGCGAGCCCAAAGCCGCCAACAACAUCGAGAUCGUCAGCACCUCGCAGACCGCCAAAGUCAUCGUSUCCGUCAAGGAUGCCGUGCCCACCAUCUUCUGCGGCAAGAUCAAGGGCCUGUCGGGGGUCUCCACCAAAAACUUUUCCUUCAAAAGGGACCUGCCCCAGGACUCGGUGCUGCAGUGCUACGAUGUGAAGAGCCCGCCCGAGCCCCGGGACAGCGCCGAGACCCUCAGGAAACCCGUCAAAAACAGGAGCGUAAAGCUAAAGAAAAUGAACUCGCCGGAGAUACAUAUUCUUCCAAUCAAGAAGCAACGGCUGGCUGCCUUUUUUCCAAGAAAGUAAAUUAUGGGUUUUUAGAAUUUUAAGAUUAUUAUGAGAAGAAGAAAAAAUAAUAAAAAAGAUGCACUUGGUUUUAAACUCAUUUAAAACUUUAAACUAUCUUUGUAAGUUAUUUUUGGGGGAAGAGGGAGAGGAUCAGAUGUAGAGUCCCUAUAAGCUGGGUUGGUUUGGUUUUUUUUUGGUU